AUGACACUUUUCAACGAUCAAAUUCCCUUCACUAACCGCUCUUUCUUGUCCAUAAUCCUCAUAUGUUUUGCACUAGGAACAUGCAUGGCACACGGUCACAGGGACAUUGAAGCAAAGUCCAAUUCUCCUUCCAAUGCUAUUCCUCCAGAGGCAAGCAAAUUCUCAGAGUCAGAGCAACCAUUCUUCCCUCCUUCUGAAGCACCCCAGGGCCCAACAUCAGAACAAGGUUUUGGUCAUUCUUCCUCAUCAUUUUCCGCUGCUUUCUCAGACAUACUCAAAGGAACCUUUCGUGGCAACUCCCUAACAAUGCCUGGAGAAAUCCACUCCAAAAACAAAAAAAACGUUAACAAAGCCUUGGAACAAAUAUGUGGCCGCACAGAUUACCCUGACGUUUGUGUUUCCACCUGUCUACCCUAUCUAAGCAACAAUUUUGACGUCAAAGCUGUUCUUGAAGCUUCCAUAAAGGCAUGUUCUUAUCAGAUAAAGUUCACCAUAUCCAAAAUUACAAAGUAUUCUGCUUCCUCACCAGAGUUGGCAACUGCACUCGCUGAUUACAAGAAACAAUACUCUAAAGCAUUGGAAAACCUUCAGAAAGCAUUGGAUGCACUCCAAUCUCGUGAUCUUGGAACCGUUACUAUCGUGCUUAGUGCUGUCAUGGCAGAUGUUUCAGCAUGUGAAAGUGGGUUUGAGGAUUUGAAAAUCAAAUCAUCAACCAUGGCUAAAACCGAUGGUUUGGUUAGCAUUACAGCCAACAAUUGCCUCUCCAUUGCUUCUUUGAUUCCCUCUUAG